UGACCAGGCGACCACCCGUUCCCUCCUCUGCUUCCCAGUGACCCACCUCUACUCGGCGCGGCCUCCACCACACGUCAGGAGCGGAGGGGCGGCGUCGGCGGCGGCGGCGGUGUCGGAGAGAGAUGGUGGGCUCGGCCGCCUACUCGGCGACCUCCAUCGUGGUGGUGAUGGCCAAGGACAAGGGCAGGGGGAAGGGCACCAAAGGGGGCGCCGCCUCCUCCUCCGCCGCCAACAAGGUCGACCGGCGGCCUCCGAGGAUUACAUCUAACGUCAAGCAGAACCUGAGGAUCGUCAAAUUCUGGAAGGAUUACGAAAGGAGGCAAACAACCGGGCCUCAGCCUGCCACCAGGUUCCGCAAAAAGAAAAUAAUGAAGGAGGUGCUUCCUGAUGACACAGACUUCUAUGAGGACCCUUCUGCCACUCUUACCUGCACAAAUGACGGCAGCGUGGAGAUUGCCUCCCCUGUUAUUCUUGUGGACGGCUACAAUGUAUGUGGCUACUGGGGAAAGCUUAAGAGUGAUUUCUUGAACGGGAAUCAAGGAAUUGCGAGGCAGAUGCUCAUUGAUGAGCUGGUAUCGUUCAGUGCAGUACGAGAGAUAAAAGUUGUAGUGGUAUUUGAUGCUGCAUUGUCUGGGCAAUCUACACACACUGAAACUUAUAAAGGGGUUGAUGUGGUAUAUUCUGCUGACUUAUCUGCUGAUUGUUGGAUUGAGAAGGAGGUUGAAGCUUUGGUGGCAGAUGGAUGUCCAAAGGUCUGGGUUGUAACGUCGGAUGUACUGGAGCAACAGUUAUCACAUGGUGAAGGUGCUCUUAUUUGGAGCUCUAAAAGACUGGUUAAAGAGAUAAAAGAAUCAGAACUGGAGCUUGACGAAGAGCUGAAGGAAAUCAGGUCAACAUCAUUGCAAGGAAAGAUUUUUCAGCACAAGCUGAAACCUAAAGUAGUGCAAGGUUUAAAAAAUCUUCGGAAUCAGCUCGAAGAACAAGAGCGGAAAAAGAAGUGACCGCCAAGUGUCGACCGAUCGACACGAAUCGCAUCGAGAUGCUGUAACAUCGGUUGGCAAGAGAAGGGUGUUGAAGAGAAGAAGUGUAUAUUUUUGUACAGGGGAGGAGCACAUCAACUGACGUUUGAUCCAUAGGUCAGAGGUGCCGACUGUGCAACAACGAUGAUGGUCGUGAGAGGGGUGGUGAGUAAGCACGCUGGCGGAUGUCAUGGGAAGGAAAAUCUGCUUAUCGUAGGCAAGCAGUUUGUAGAGGGGGAAACCACAAAAUGUAGGUUCCUUAGCUGUCUGACAAUUUUUUCUCUUUGUUUGUUUGAUCAUAAUCCUACAGUGAAGAGAGCCAUGAGCUGUAUAGAAAUGUAAAGUAGCUGAAUUCCUUGCGGGGCUGAUGAAAAAGAAUAUGUGUUUAUAUUCGAAAAUAAAUUUUCUAUUUUCUGAACA